GAAAUGAACGAGCUCAACGUUGCGGCGGUCGUUCUCUCCUGGGUGGACGCGUCUGAUGAGAAUGCUGCCCUUCAGUGGCUGCCUUCGGACGCGCCUGAGGGCGACGGCACCUACAGUUGCCCAACGCUCUAUGUUGGGAACUCGACUGGCGAGACGAUCCGCCAGCUCAUCCACGACAAUCAAAUCAGCGACAUGUCCGUCAUUCUCGACGCUCCAAGCUACGAGGCCCCAACCUACACGCUAAUUAGCCACCUAGAGGGGACCGGCAAGACGAACAAUAGCAUCGUUCUCUACACUCACAGUGACGGUCCUAGUAUCAUUGAAGAAAACGGCCCAAUAAUGCUCUUGACUCUUGCUGAAUACUUUUCUCGAAACCUCCCGUUCAUAAACCUUGACCUUGUCAUGACGACUGGUCACUUGAGUGGCGACAAGUUGAACGAGAGUGACUGGAUGGGCCAGAGGCCGGAUCUGAUGGCGAAUGCGUAUGCCGAGAUCAGCAUUGAGCAUUUUGGCGCCAUUGAGUGGAAGGAUGUGCAGACCGAGUCGGGUCCAGUGUACACGGCAACUGGCUGGACCGAACCCAUGUGGACCUUCGCCAACGGUUCAUCCGAGAGCGACGCGAUGCGCAGUACCUACCUUGAAGCCUUUGAAGGCUCGCCCGACUAUCUGCGAAUGGCCCUGUUGCAGCCCCUGAGGGUCAACGGAGUUCGGUCCAAAUGGUAUGGCGUCGGGGGAGCGAGCAAAUGGGGCUAUAGCGAUGUUCCCUCAGUCGGUAUUAUCCCGCAGCCUGAUUAUCUCUGGGCUUCUAUGAUCGACGGCGGAUAUUCAAAGUAUGACCAUGAUCAGGCGGUUGCGCAGCUCGAGGUCAUCAUCAGAGCCAUCAAGAGCCUUGACCAGCAGUUCUGCUCUGGUCAAUGAGCUGCUUGGCAGAUAUCAGGAUGCUGGUGCAAAUUUAUCAGUCGCGAAAGUAGAAUGCUAGCUGGACAAGGGUUGUCACAUAUGAAAUGGCAGGUGAGAAGUAAAAAUUCC